CUUCAUGAUCAAGAUCAAGAGUAGAGAAACCUCGUGAUUUGAAUUACUCCACAAAUUAGCUCGAUCAAACCUGUUUAAAUGACUCUAACAUGUAAAUCUCUAUCCCGUCAUGAUAUCCACGUGGGAUGAAAGACUACAUACACUGACACCAAUAAAAUGAAGAAAAAAGGGAAUUCGAAAAGAAAAAAGGGUGAAGUCUAAGGUGAAUUGGAAUUUUUGUUGAGCUCGUGUAGAGACGAAAAUGAAGCCAUGUGUGUGCAAGACAGUAACCCAGAAGAGCCCUCUUCCUAUCGACACGAUUUCUACAGUUCAUCCUGCCAAGUAUCAUCCCAUCCCCUGUUUCAGCCACGUUUCAUCCCUUCCCACUUUCUCGCUCUAAUUCCCCCAAUUCAUUCAUUUUCUUUUAACACAUCCCUCCAACAAUCCCACAUGCACUAUCCUUUUCCAUGUUGAAUCCACGAGCCAAGCAACAGCAGCAGCUCAAAAGGGCCUCCUCUUCUGCCCAUCCCAGCUCAAGAAAGGGCUGUAUGAGAGGCAAAGGAGGCCCUGAAAACGCUUCCUGCACUUACAAAGGUGUCCGUCAAAGAACUUGGGGCAAAUGGGUUGCUGAGAUUCGUGAGCCUAAUCGUGGGGCUCGUCUUUGGCUUGGCACUUUUGAUACCUCUCAUGAUGCUGCCAUGGCUUAUGACAAUGCCGCUCGUCGCCUCUAUGGCUCUGACGCCAAGCUCAAUCUUCCUUCCUCUGCUGCAGAGCCUGAGAAGUCUGUAGUAAACAAUGGCGGGAUGGGGUUUGGGGAGGAGGACGAAAAUGGUGGGCUUUGGAGGUCUAUGAGUAUUAGCUUAGAUGAUUCCAUUUGGGUUGAUGCAGCCAUGUCUUUGGAUUUCCCUGUCAUGGAAGAUCAAAGCCUUUUGGCUGCGAAUUUGGUGGAUGGAAAUGGCUGGGACACACUACAAUGGUGCUUAUGAUACACAUAUGAACAAGGCUUGGUGGAUAAAACUUGUAAUUCUAAGUUGUAUCGUUGUUUUCUCGUGUGGGAUUCGUUUUUGUUUUGAUUUUUGUUGAUUUGGGGCUGUUUGGAUUGAAAGCUAUAUGAAAUUAUUUUUGUUUGUACUUACAAUCUUCCAAAUAAGAUGGAGACAAAAGAAGAACAUGCCAAAUGGACUAUAAAACACACAUUCAAAGAAAGUUAUAAUAAACAAAACAGAUUAAGCCAUGGAAAAAGCUCAAUUCUAAGGGUUUUUUAUUGUUAUUUUUUUUCUCUUCUCUUCUGCACAUUAAGCCAUGGAAAAAGCUCUGUGAUGGGUUGAAGAAGAAGAGA